AUGGAGUUUUAUGUUGAAGAAGGAAAAGAAUCAGACCAUAAUUGCUCCACUUUAAUUCUGCCGGCGUUAUCGAUUGGUAACGUUGGGCAACUGGCAGUGGAUCUCUUGAUAUCGUCGUUAAAAGCGGAGAAAAUCGGGUAUCUAGACGAUCCGAAUAUUCUUCCUUGUGUUGGCAAUGACGCUUAUUGGCCUUCGCCUCCUGGCGAUCUUACACUCCCACUCGAAGCUUACCAGUCUUCAUCCAGUGCAUUGUCACUUGUACAACAGCGGUCUCCGGUUGUUAAGGGUAUGAUGGUAGAGUAUGCUAAGAAUUUAGCAAAUUUUGUAGCCUCUAAUGGGAAGAAGCAUGUCAUCAUCCUUUCCAGCUUGGAUUUUGGGCGAUGGCACUCCAUUGAUGUGUCAAGUGGUUUGCAGAUAUUUUACCUCUCUACAUCAAAUAUAGAUGGAACAGAUGAAGACUGUGAAAAGCUUGGAUGGCACAGAUUGCAGGAGUAUAAUCCUUCUCAGAGGAUGUGGAAGUAUCUUAACACCUUAGCUGAAGGGGGUUCCACGAUGGAAGAAGACUUGCGUUUUGAAGAGCUAGGAGAUGAAGAUUACUACCCAAGUUUGCCUUUUGCUGCUCUCUUUUCUUGCCUUAAGACCAAAGGUUUAAAGGUUACUUGCUUACUGUGUUAUUGCUCGGAGGGAGAUAAUAUACCUGAAGCUUUCCACUUGGCUGAAGCAGCAAGCAAACUCACGGGGCUGAAUCAGAAUGAAUUCCAUGGCAAUGAAGCCGGAAGAUGGGUUGUACCAUUUUCAUGGAAGAGUGUCUAUGGACCUCCCGCAGAUCUCACUCUCUUUUAA